AUUUAAUAUAAAAGUAAUAACUUAUAACAAAUUUUACUUUCUAUAAUUUAUAUUAAUUAUUGAAUAUAUCUUAUAAUUUAAAGCACGAUAUAAAAAAUUAUUGUAUAUCCUUAUACUUUAUGAUUAUUGUGCUUGACUAAAUACAUAGGUGAUCAGUUAUUUAAAUUAUAGAUAUGAAUGAAGAAAAUACAGAUGCAAAAUCCAAAGAUUUGGAUUUAUGGAUGAUACGUCCAUGUGAAAUGUAUAAUUAUGAGUACAGUGAAUGUACUUCAAUAUCAUCAAGAUUACAUCAGAUGUUUGUUCAUGGAAGUACAGUAGAUUGCAAUCAUUGGCAUGAAGACUAUAUUAAUUGUUUAAAAUGGAAAAAAGACAAAAAUAUUCAAGCAGCUGAAACCUUGGUUAAUAGUGAAAAAAUGAAGAGAAAAAAUCGAUGGAAAACAUUUUAUGCAAAUAAUAUUUGGGAAAAUAGAACUAGUCCGCCAGAAAACUGGAAUGAUCCAUUACCAGAUUAUAUAGCCCAACGACGACAAAACUCAACAUUUAAGGAUGCAUUUGAUGAAACGGAUAAUAAAUCAUUCUGUUCAAUAAUGUGAAAAUUUGUAUACAUGUAUUUUAUUGUUAUCAUAUUAUUUAGUAGUCGUGAAGUUUUUAUUUAGAAACCAAUUGUUGAAAAUAAAAUAGUAUUCUAUCAUUGAAGAUAGAAUGGUCAUUGAAGGUUACAAUUUAAUUA